ACAACAUUCCCAGUAGUCUGUGAAGCAUUAAAUUAAUGGCUCUCGGUCUUUGUUUUUUAAAAAAAUAAAAGCAGGCAAUGAACCUUGGAUACUCUCUCGAGUCACAGAUUCGUUGCCUUCCAGAGUAAACUCCCUGCUUUGGUGAUUGGUUCUCGGGAGACAGUUACUAAACUUUGGUCCUUUACUGCGGACACUUUCGAGUUCAGUGUGGAACAUUGGACCCACACCACGGAACCUGACUGUUGGGUGUUUCCUCUUUCUUCUUCCUCUCCAUUUGCUUGUCUUUGUUUUCAGACGCAAUGGGUUUUGUAAAGAAAAUGCUGAUAUUUCUGCUGGGGAUUGCACUGGCGUAUUAUUUCUUCAACAGUGGCGACAGUUUUGAUCCUGAGAUGCUACGAGGGAAGCGAGUGAUUGUGACAGGAGCCAGUUCGGGCAUUGGAGAGCAGAUGGCCUAUCACCUGGCUGAAAUGGGUUCACAUAUCCUGAUUACAGCGAGGAGAAAGCAGAGGUUGGAAGCGGUGGUUGCUAAGUGUUUGAAGCUCGGGGCUGCCUCCGCGGAUUACGUGGCUGGCAGCAUGGAAGACAUGGAGUUCGCUAAGCACGUGGUGAAAGAGGCAGAGAAACAGUUUGGAGGCCUGGAUAUGCUCAUCCUGAACCACAUCGGCUCCGCCUACUUCCGAUACUUCGACGGAGAUGUGGAUCACAUUCGGACCUUGCUGGAGAUAAACUUCCUGAGCUACGUGACGAUGACGGUGGAGGCAAUGCCGAUGCUCAAGAAAAGCAAUGGAAGUAUCGUGGUGGUCUCCUCCAUCGCAGGAAAAAUUGGUAAUCCUCUGGUCGUUCCUUACUCCUCCACCAAGUUUGCCCUGGACGGGUUCUUCAGCUCACUGCGUCAAGAGUUUGCUAUGCUGAAUUACAAUGUGUCCAUCACUCUGUGUGUGAUCAGCUAUAUCAACACCGAAGCCGCAGUAAAAGCCAUUUCCCAUAUCAUUCAGCAGCCCCCAGCCCCAAAGGAUGAGUGCGCCCUGGAGAUUAUUAAGGGAGGAGCUCUGAGGAACCGGGAAGUUUACUACAAGUACGAAUUCACAAAAUACGUGUUGUUGUUGAGAGACUGGGUGCCUGAGCUUUUAGAUGCCUUCAUUCGAAAGAAUUACAAUCUGGACAACAUCCCCCAAAAUGUACCUCACUUAUGAAUGCUUCUGUUAUUUUUCCUGAAACUCUUUAAACAGGAUAUUUGAACUCGGGCAUAAACACGUUAUCAACGUAAGGAGGGAGGGAGCUAAAUUCAACUUUAUUAUGCACAGGAACCAACACAAAUUUGUCGAAUCUGAACCAUUAUGUUGUUUACCCAACUUUUUCCCAUUUCUCCCAAUCUUUCCGUUGUGGGGAUGGUGGCACACAUGAGAAUCCUGAAAUUCCACCUCGCCCACUCCCUCGCCAUCUUCAAGACCCUCCUCUUCGACCGUGCUUUCGAUCUCCCUGCUUCCCCCCCAUCCCCCCGGUGCCCUACUCCCUCCCCGACCCCGACCCCGACCCCCAGCUCGGAUCCGUAACUCUGUCUGUCCAACGCCUUGGGACAUCCUCCCGACGUGAAAGGCGCUAUACAAAUGGAAUUUUGUUGUUGUUGUUGUUGUGUGACCGUCAAUGAUUUGUUUUGUUGCAAUUACAAAAGUUGGAUCUGGCUUGAAAACAUGUUAUCGGAAAACAAGGUUCUGCUGAUGCUCAGCUGCCCAAUAAAUACCAUAGUGGGUAAGAUCUGCACUCCUCUUUUGUAAAUCUAAUUUGAAAUAAUAAAGAGAUGUCAUCUCA